AUGGCGGCGCCGUCGUCUCGGGAUCCGGCGGCUCUGAUGGACGAGCUCGUCGAGGAGUGCCUCCUCCGCCUCCCACCGGAGGACCACGCGGACCUCGCCCGCGCCGCCCUCGUCAGCAAGCAAUGGCACCGCGUCGUCACCGGCGCCAUCUUCCGCCGUAGGUACAUCGAGUUCCACCGCUCGGCACCGCUGCUGGGCUACAUGCUCAACCAAGACAACAAUUCCAUCCGCUUCGUCCCUACGUCGUCGUUUCGCCCGCCCCAGGUUGACCGCCGCGAUGUGCGAGCCAUCCACUCAAGGCAUGGCCGCGUCCUCCUGCUUUCUGCCCGGGAGCGGGAGGGUGACGGUCUCCGCCUCUUGGUGUGGGAUCCCACAAAGGACAAGCAGUGGGAACUGCCCGUGCUGCAGCCAGGCGCGCGGAUAGCUAACUGGGACGCCGCCUUGGCCUGCGCCGUGGGCAACGGCUGCAGCCAUCUGGACUGCCACUUCAAGGUCAUCUUUGUGGGAAGAUCUGGAGGGCGGAGGUUCUCUUGUUUCUACUCAUCGGAGGCUGAUAGCUGGAGUGACCCAAUCUUUGUUUCGGAGAAAGGAGGAUAUGUUGCCUAUGGUAUGUACAAGAGUGUCCUCGUUGGGAAUGCCUUCUACUUCAAAAUCGGAGGCAGCGAUGGAAUCUUUAAGCUCGACCUGCAGACACAUCAAAUAUGUAGGAUUAGCCGAGUGUCCCCGCCCAGUCUGCUAAUUGCCACAGAGGAUGGCAGCAUGCUAGGAGUUGCCAAGAUAAUAAUCAACUCAACACUUUGCGUGUGGCUAAGGGAGCAAGGAAGAUGGGUAGAAAGCAGACUCAUUCAGCUUCGUGCUCUACUCCCAGAUGAUGCCCUGUGUGAUCCGCUACUCCCACCUCAAACCAACAUUGACAAACCUUCGGUGGUUGCCUUUUCAGAGACUGGAGCUGGUGUCAUUUUCUUAAGGACAUGUGUUGGGUAUUUCACUAUUGAUCUGAACUCAGGGAGGAGCAAGAAGGUAGGGAAUGCCGUCUUAGGCUCGGGUCACAUUGUUCCCUACGUGAGCUUCUGCACCCCAGCACCGGGAACAGUCUCCACAGAUGUGGGACCAGGAGCUAGUGGUGUUGUCUCUACAGAUGAUGAACCUGGAGCUGGUGUUGUGGUCUCUAGAGAUGAGGGGCUAGGAGAUGUUGUUGUCUCUACAGAUGAGGGGCCAGGAGAUGUUUUGGUCUCUACAGAUGAGGGACCAGGGCCUAGCAUGUUAAGUGCAUAA